AUGUUGAUUGUUGGCUUUCGGUCACAGACACUGGCUUUCGCUUUGUCAUUGUCCUUCGCUCUUAUUUUGGACAAGUUCAUAGCGAGUGUGACAGCAAAUACGAGUUCGGAUAACAACUAUAAAAGGCUCAUUAAUUCGGGCAUGGAUAAAUACGGCAAACCAAGAAUGAGACUAGCCGUUUUACUUCGCAAUAAAAUUUUGAAUAAACUUGACAUGCCAUGGGUGAUGGAAGGUGGCACUUUGCUUGGAGCUUGGCGAAAUGGUAGCUUCAUACUGUGGAAAGAUGAUUUCGACUUUGCAAUGUUUUCCGAGAACAACCCCAAACCCCUAAUUCCUCUCAUAUUGAGAAAGAUCAAACAGCUGCUGCCUUCUCCGUACAAAGCGAGAUACGUGACAACGUAUGCGGAUAAGAUCGAAGUCUACGAUCCGAGGUAUGGAGAAUAUAAUCUACUUGCGCCAAAAUACAAAGGGGCUUCAUUUCAUCACUGCACAGCUGAUUUGCAGUUCUACCAACAUGUCAAAGAGAAGUAUGUACCACUCUACUACAUAGAUCCAAUUGUGAAAUCAGUCUACUUCAAGGACGUCUUUCCGUUGCGCAGUAUUGAACUUGAAGGGGAAAUGUUUCCAGCGCCAUUUAACACCGAAGGAUACCUGAAAAGCUUGUAUGGAAGUCUGUCGCCGAACGCGAAAUUCAAUCCGAAAACUGGUUUUUAUAUGAAGUAA